CAGAGACCCAGAGAAGAGGGACUAGAGACUGGGGUGGGGGACAGACCUAGAAAGAGAAACCCACAGGUGGGGGACAGAGAUCUAAAGAGAAGGGGGGACAGACCCAGAGAGAGAGAGGUGGGGGGCGGCUGUCACAGAGACUCCGUAAGAUGGGGACAUGAUAGAGAUGGAGACUUUCAAGUGAGAUCCAGAGAGAGACGGACAGACCCGCAGGGAGAGGGACAGAGACCCACAGAAGCUGACAGAUCCAGGGAGAGACAGUGGAGGCAGAGACCUAGAGCUGGGUACUGGGACAGACAGACAGACACAGGGACAGAGACCCAGGGGGACAGAAACCCAGGUGGGCUGAGACGAGAGAGAGAGAGAGAGCGAGAGAGAGAGAGAGAGAGACCUAGAGAGUGGAGAGACCGAGAAUGAAUGAAUAGAUGGAUCGAUGUGAAUGAGAAUGAAUCAUCGAGAAUGCAUCCAGAAAGUGGGGGACAUAGACAUGGACCCCGGGGUGGGGGACAGAGACUUCCAGCCACAGGUCAGACAUUAGGAAGUCUGCACUGGCAGCAGGUUUGGGCUCUGUUGCUGUCUCAGCCUGCCUCUCAUCUGCCCUCAGAUUAUGAGGAGAGGGGCCACCUUCAUGACGCAUUUGCACAGAUGAUACUCUCCCUCCAGGAAGUGGCUGCUGCCCAGGGGACCAUCAAGGAAGAGGGGGCAGAAAGACUGUAAGAGCCAGAGGUGAAGGAGGACCAGGGUUCAACUCUUCUGGGCAUGACAGGAUCACCGCACUUACAAACUCACAGAAGACGCUGUGGCCUGCACAACAGUCAGCAUUCUGAAAUGGAGGGGAGAGGGUCAUCAGCCCCGAUCCCUGACGGAGGAGCUUUGGACAAGUUGAUGGCUCCUGGGGGAGGGAGAGUCAGUUUUCUUUAAAGAUUGGCUCCUGGUGGGUUAACCAUGCUCCAGUGGAUGGUUCAAUGUUUGUGAGUAGAUGGACAGCAUAAAUUAGACUCUGUAGAUUAUUUAAAGCAAAGAAAGAGGACAUGGGAUUGGAAGUAGAGUUGGGGGACUAGGAGGUAGAGCUGAAAAAGUUAGGGGGAGGAAUAGGGAAUUGAUCUAAAAUACAAUGUAUCAAUGUAUGAAAUUCUCAAAGAAUUAAUACAGUAUUUCUUUAAAAUAGACCAAAAGGGUGGACUUGUCAUUAGCAGAUCUAUAAAAACAUAUACAUAUCUGUAAUCAGAUUUGCAUCAAAUUUACAUAUAUGCAUAUAUGCAAUUGCAAACUGGUGAAGCCCACACAUGAUGUGAAUGGGGCAUGAUGAGAGACCAGAAACGGAGUUUGAUGAGGUCCUAGAUGAGCCAAACCCUUGAGAUGACAGAUGUUAAGACAUGGAGAAUGAGUAUGAGAACGAGCCUGUGCAAAGGCCCUGGGGUACUGGGGACUGUGGCUGUUUUUAAAUGAAGGAAGUUAACAGGAUGGAGGGAAAGAGGAAACCAGGGCAGCCCUGUAGGACCUGGUAAGCUGGAGAGGAUCUGGAUCAUUAUCCUCUCUUUCCACUAAGAUAAAUGGUUUCUAUCCUGUUGGAGUCCGGAGGCAGAAAGAGAGCCUUGGAGGGUUUGUACGCGUUUCCCUGGGACCAUUGGGAAGGGAGAGAACAAUGUGGUUAUGGGGGAGACGGGUGGGGGAGAGGCAAAAGACAGCACAGUGAAUCCUGUUGACUACACUAGGAGAGGCUGUUUAUACAAAGGCCCCGCCUCCCUCUCCAGGGUCCUAUAAGGCUGUCUUUCCUGAAGCUGCAGAAAAAAUGAAGAAGACCAUCUUAAAGCUCAAAGAAGGUAAAAAUACCUUUAGCCACUCCCAUAUCUGCUCUCUUCACACAUGCACGCAUAUGCACACAUGCACAACAUGCACACAUGAGCUGUCUGAACUAUACUGUACAUCUGGCCUUAAACCCUGGGACCAGUGGGUUUCCUGUCCUAGAGUGGAUCUAGGGGGAGUCCUGACCAAUGUCCACCCAGGCCUCAUCUGGGAUUCUUAGCCCUGUGCUCAAAGGCAGCCACCUCUAAUUGUGUGUCCACAGUGACUGGCUUCUAGCCCGGCUACACCUCUAUGCUAGCUCAGGCUUCCUAAUUAGUCCCAGGUACCCUGAAGGAACACCUAGGAUGGAAACCCCACCCCCAUGUGACCCCUCUUAGAUCCCUAGCGAUAGGCCCUGUGACUGAAACACUAGGCCUUGCUUUAUUUACCCUCUGGGUGAAGCGAGGUGAAUUGGCCCUGUCCCUUAGGAACAGUGUUUCUGGCUCUACCACCCAAGUGUAGCAUUGGGAGCCUGGGUCCUGCCCUCUGGAGGGGAGGACUCCCUGGAGGAGUUUGGGUGGAUCCCUCCAUGAUGCCCUGGUUCCUAAUACCUCCUUUCUCUCCACAGCCCAGGCCUGUGUUCCUCCCUGUGGGGACUCGCUGGAGCCAGCAGAAGGGAACCCAGACCCUUGGUCUCGCCUCACAGGGGUCCAGGAAGGCACUCGGCGUUUCCGCUGCCGUGGGUGUUACUCCUCCAUCUGUGAUCUCCCCCUGGACUGUCCCGGACGUGACGGUGACCCGAGGGAACCAGGCUUUGUUUUCUUGCGUCGUGGGCUUCCAGUUGCCUCUGCCGGAGCUCACUUAUUCUUGGAAAUUCGCAGGAGGCGGUCUCCGGACUCAGGACAUGGCCUACUUCCGCGACGUGCCGGGGUCCCAUGGGCCCCUGGCACGGAUCCGGCCGGUGCAGCCCACGCAUCGCGGGACCUUCUCCUGCGUGAUCCUGCAGGACCAGCGCCCUCUGGCUCGGCUGUAUUUCUUCCUGAAUGGUGCGGUGCGGGGCCUGGAGCGGGGGCGGGGCCUGGCGGGCGUGGCCCUGCCCUCUGACGUGUGCGCCCGGGGCAGUGACCGGCCCAGCCCCGCGGGAGGAGAUGGAGCUGCAGGUCACGUUCCGGGAAGUGAUGAGCUGGGCACCGCGGGAGGCGGAAGUGGCGGAGCCCGGGAGGCCCAGCCUAGGGGAGCUGCUGGCCCAGCCGCGGGCGCUGACGCUGGGCAACCUGUGCUUGCUCGGGGCCACCGCGGCGCUCGUGUCCGCGAGUGUCACGCUGCUGGUGUGGUGAGUCCCAGCGUCUGCAUCGGGUGUCCACCGCAGCCAGGAAUCUAGACUCCUGAGUUCUCCGGAGCCAGGAGUCCAGACUCCGUCCUUCCUCGUUCAGGGUCCAGACCCCAACCUCCUCCCUCAGACCCCGGGGUCCAGACCCCAGCCUCCUCCCUUAGACCCAGGGAUCCAGAC